AUGGAACUCUUUCCAUUGUUGUUGCCAGUCGAUACAACAUUCAGAGACUAUAAAGGAUUCAUUCUGUUUCAAGGCAAGCAGUAUCCUGUUGAGAUUGGUAUAUCUAGUAUUAGGGAGUCGAUUGAGGAUUAUCUACAUCACUUCUUUUAUGAACUCAAGGACAUACUAGAUAGGAUACAACCAACUCGAAGUAGUACUAGCAACAACAACAACAAUGAUGGUUAUGAUAAGAAUCAAUCUAUGUUACAGAAUAACAACAGCCUACCAUUCGAAGUCUAUGCAUUGGUGUUGAAUGAGAUUGAUCAACUUGGUUGGGGCAACGUCGUAGAGAUUGACAAGUCACUCAGUACAUUCAGCAUUUCAUUGCGCGAUGCAAAGAGACGAGAAGUGUUGAUGCGCUUCAUCAUCCCCAACGACUAUCCAACCGCGCCUCCAACAAUCCGCGCAAACCUACCCUCGUUGCUCACACCCAGUACUCAUCAUCACAACAACAACAACAAUGAUAAUACCACGGCGGCAAAGGGCGGAUCAGUCACACCAUCGAUGGGCCACUCACUCAGAACAUCGGUCGCGGCUGUCGAGCGACAGGUCGAGCAGUUGCAGCCAUUCUUUGACGCCAUGGAGGAGAUUGAUCGAAUGACUUGGGUGUUGGAGCCCGAGCAUCCGCAGCGCAGUGACACAGCGCGUCGCAUUGCCCUCGGCAACAACUGCUCGCUAUCAAUCGAUGUCAAUCCAUUGUCACCUCUGACGUUCCCCGACUGCCGUUUCCUCGGCCCCGAGCGCGCCGUGGCUCCCCUGCGCCAGAAGCUCAACAGCAACCUGUCCAAGUGGCGGCCGCUCGAUCCCAGCCUUCUGGGCAACUUCCAGGCGUUGCUCGAGAUGGAGUUCCCGGUGAAGCAGGUGUCCAACAUCAGUGACUUUAUCAUCGAGUGCAGUAUAUGUUAUUCACAUCGACUGGGUGGCGAUGGAACCAUUCCGGACAUCAUCUGCAACAAUGCACGCUGUCAGAAGCAGUUCCAUCACAGCUGUCUCUUUGAAUGGCUUCGAUCACUACCCAACGUCAAUCAUUCAUUCGACACACUCUUUGGCUCAUGUCCCUAUUGUUCCGAUCCAAUAUCAGUCAAAGGUCAUCUAAAGUAG